AUGAAGCUGAUCUCAAACUUGGCUACCUUGUCUAUCGCAGCAAGUUUGUUGCUUCAAAGCGGUAGCUUUGUAGCCGCUACACCAUUCUUUAAUAUACCAACAGUUGCAAACCACAACAACGAUGGAUCACUCGAAUCUGGUUGUGAUGGUUUCAAAAUCACUUAUCCAUUUACAAGCGGUCUUUCAUUUGAAGAAGCAAGUAAACAUAUUGUUGCAUGGCAGGCACCAAACGGUAUGAAACAAGUCAACAUCACCAUGGUCGAUAACGCAUCUUCAGAUAAUUCAGUCUACAUUGGCACAUUUGAUGCUGAUCGUGGUGCUACUGAGGAAAUUCCUUUGCAACUUCCUGGCCAAACUGAUGGCGAUUUUUAUUUUCACAUUUCUGGUCAAGGUGAAAACCAGUUUUGCGAAGCCGAUUCAGUAGCUUUCCAUAUCCAAAAACGCCAACAAGUUGCCCAGGCAAAUGAUGCUGCAUCAUCAUCAUCAAUUCUGGCAGAUGCUGCCCAACCACAUGGUGCUACUGCCACAACAACCGCAACCGCUGCUACAUUUGCACCAACCGCUUCAACAACUGCUGCAUCAGCUACUGUACAAACUGCUGCUCCCACUGCAGCAGCAACUACCACUGCAAACAGCAUUGACAAGGCAGAAAUCGACCAGAUUCUCGAAGAAAUUCAAAACAACAGCAACAACCAAGCAGCUUCAGCUACACAUGCCAAUGAUUCAUCUUCCUGGGACGAGACGUUGGACGAAAUUUCUAGCCUCACCAAGGAUAAGACUAAACAAGCUCACAACAAUGCCGCAGUGAAAUCUGACAGCACUGAAGCCAACAACAAAGACCAAGGCUUUUAUGAUUACAUCAACAGCUUAGACUUGGACUAUGAAAAGUAUAUUCAUAAGAACAAAGAAACAGAGACUGAAGCUGUUACUCACAAGAAUGAUGUUGCAUCCGACGACAACACAAGCAACGCUUGGUUCACCAACGAAGACAAAUCAACUCACCACAGCAACGCCGCUUCUGAAAAGACAUGGCAUUCAGAUGAUGCCAAUCCUUACUUUACCAACGAAGACAGAUCUACUCAGCACAGCAAUGCUGUUGUUUCUGAAAAGGCAUGGCACGAAGACGAUGCUUCAUCAAACCCUUACUUCACCAACGACGAUCAAUCUACCCAUAGCAACGAGGCAUCUAGCAAGUCCUGGCACUCCAACGAUGGUACUUCCUCUUUCUUCACCAACGAAGACCAAUCUACUGGUGCUUCCAGCUAUCAUCAAAAUGAUAGUGAAUGGGUGUCUGAAGACAAUGUUCAUGCUACUGCUGCUAUUGACCAUGAAAAUGGCUGGUCCUCUGAAGACGUUGAGCUUGACAGUAAUGAUCAUGUCAAUGAUGCUGAAUGGGAUGAUGAUGUCUCUCACUUCAACGAAUGGGUUUCUGAAGAUGAUGCUCAUAACAAUGGCUGGUCUACUGAAGACAUUGAUGUCACUCAUGCUGAUAGUUAUGUACCCAAACAAACCGAAGAGCACGUCAAUGAUGCUGACUUUAACUGGGCUUCUGAAGACAUUGAAGCUGAAGACAACCAUAUUAACUACCAUGACAACGAUGCCGAGUGGGUCACUGAAGACACUGACGCUGCUAGCCAUAACAACGGUUGGGACUCUGAAGAAAUUGACCUCCUUGCUGACGAUCAUGUCAAUUACCAUGCCAACGAUACUGAAUGGUCCGCCGAAGAUGACGAUGAAUCUGCUUCUGGUGAAGAUCAUUCCAACUACCAUGUCAAUGACUCCGAAUGGGUCACUGAAGACCAUCAUACCACUGACCACAACAACGGCUGGGAGUCUGAAGACGUUGAAUUAAGCGCUGAAGAUCACUCCAACUACCAUGUCAAUGAUGCUGAGUGGCAAGAAGACAACGACCAACACUUCAAUGCCUCUGAAUGGGUUUCUGAAGAUGCUGAGCUUGACCAUGAUCACUCCAAUGCUGCCGAAUGGGUUUCUGAAGAUGCCGAGACUGCUAGCCACAACAAUGGCUGGGAGUCUGAAGACGUUGAAUUAAGCGCUGAAGAUCACUCCAACUACCAUGUCAAUGAUGCUGAGUGGCAAGAAGACAACGACCAACACUUCAAUGCCUCUGAAUGGGUUUCUGAAGAUGCUGAGCUUGACCAUGAUCAUUCCAAUGCUGCCGAAUGGGUUUCUGAAGAUGCCGAGACUGCCAACCACAACAAUGGCUGGGAGUCUGAAGACGUUGAAUUAAGCGCUGAAGAUCACUCCAACUACCAUGUCAAUGAUGCUGAGUGGCAAGAAGACAACGACCAACACUUCAAUGCCUCUGAAUGGGUUUCUGAAGAUGCUGAGCUUGACCAUGAUCACUCCAAUGCUGCCGAAUGGGUUUCUGAAGAUGCUGAUGCUGCCAACCACAACAAUGGCUGGGAAUCUGAAGACAUUGAGCUCUCUAAUGACCACUCCAAUGACGCUGAAUGGGAAGAAGAAGCUGAUGAACAUAUCAACGCUGCCAACUGGGAGUCUGAGGAUCUUGAGCUUGAUCAUGACCAUUCCAAUGCUGCCGAAUGGGUCUCUGAAGAUAAUCAUGCUACUAGCCACAACAACGGCUGGGUGUCUGAAGAUAUCGAGCCCUCUGCCAACGACCACAACAACGACGCUGAAUGGGAAGAAGAAGCUGAUGAACACUCCAAUGCUGCUGCUUGGGAAUCUGAGGAUGUCGACAUAGACCAUGACCACUCCAAUGAGUCUGAAUGGGUCUCUGCACAAGAUGAACAUGCUAAUGUUGCUGGCGGCGAUUGGGUAUCCGAAGACAUUGAAGAUGAACAUGUCAAUGAAUCUUCAUCUGGCUGGUACGAAGAACACAGCAAUGAUGCUAGCGACUGGCAUCAGGAUGAAGUAGAACUUCUUCAAGAAGAUCAUACCAACAACUUUAAUGAAAAUACCCACAGCAAUGAAUGGCAAGAUGAGUCCCCAGAUGCUUCUCAUAGCAAUGAAUGGAUUGGUUUUUAA